AUGACAAGACUGACAAGGCUGAAGGAGAGCCACAAAAUGUCACCAGACAUUGUCAACCCCCGUGGGGCCUGGAGCUUUCCUGGGGAAGGCUGCCAAGGAGGCAAGAGAGCACCACGGCAGCAACUCGGUGGCAAGUGGCCUCAGACAGCGGCGCGGCGCUUGAUCGGCCCCGGGGCGCCGCGCCCGCCGCCCCCCGCCGGCAACGCCGCCCCGCUGGCCGCGCUCUUCCAGCACCCGCUGUACCGCGCCGCCCUGCCCCCGCUGGCCGACGGGGACCUCCUCUUCAAUGUCAACAGCGACAUCAGGUUCAACCCGCGGGCGGCCGAGCAGCCCGAGUGGCAAAAUGAAGAUCAUCACGAAGAAUUUUUGCCAACUGGAGAAACCUCCAUAGACUCCUACCCAAACUGGUUAAAAUUCCACAUUGGCAUUAAUCGGUAUGAGUUGUAUUCCAGACAUAAUCCUGCAAUUGAGGCUUUACUACAAGACCUUGUCUCCCAAAAGAUAACCAGUGUUGCAAUGAAAUCAGGAGGCACCCAGCUGAAGCUGAUCAUGACAUUCCAGAACUAUGGACAAGCAUUGUUUAAACCAAUGAAGCAAACCAGAGAACAAGAAACCCCGCCUGACUUUUUUUACUUCUCAGACUAUGAGAGACAUAAUGCAGAAAUAGCAGCAUUUCAUCUGGACAGGAUCCUGGAUUUCCGGCGCGUGCCCCCGGUUGCAGGUAGACUGGUUAACAUGACGAGAGAGAUACGAGAUGUUACUCGUGACAAGAAGCUGUGGAGAACAUUUUUCAUCUCACCAGCCAACAACAUCUGCUUCUAUGGGGAAUGCUCCUACUACUGCUCAACAGAGCACGCCCUGUGUGGGAAACCGGAUCAGAUCGAAGGGUCUCUGGCUGCUUUCCUGCCUGAUUUGUCAUUAGCAAAAAGGAAAACCUGGAGAAACCCUUGGAGGCGUUCCUACCACAAGCGCAAGAAAGCAGAAUGGGAAGUUGAUCCAGAUUAUUGUGAAGAGGUUAAACAAACACCCCCAUACGACAGUGGGACCAGAAUUCUGGAUAUAAUGGAUAUGACAGUUUUUGAUUUCCUAAUGGGUAACAUGGAUCGACAUCACUACGAAACCUUUGAGAAGUUUGGAAAUGAAACUUUUAUUAUCCACUUAGAUAAUGGAAGAGGGUUUGGAAAAUAUUCCCAUGAUGAACUUUCCAUAUUGGUGCCUUUAAACCAGUGCUGCAGAAUCAGGAAGUCUACCUAUCUGCGAUUACAGCUGUUAGCCAAGGAGGAAUACAAACUCAGUCUCCUGAUGAAAGAAUCUUUGCUAAAAGAUAAAAUAGCUCCAAUCCUCUACCAGCCUCACUUGGAGGCGAUGGACAGGCGGCUGCGGAUUGUCCUCAAGGCUGUCAGUGACUGCAUAGAGAAGGAUGGGUAUGACAAUGUGGUUGAAAAUGACUUUAACACGGAUGUGAACACUGUUACCACCGAGAGGUAGUGAAAUGGCAAGACUACGUUUUUACCAGCCGAGUCAAGAACAUUCAAAGAAGAAAAGGAAACAAAACAACAACAAAAAAGUCUUGCAAAAGACUGUGUAUGCCACUUUGUGAAUUCAGUGAAUUCAGAAAUGAGAUAUAAUUGUUCCCAAAGUAGGUAAAGUGUAGACUCUGCAAAGGAUUAGUUCAUUAAGAAAAAUAAGUCUAAUGUGUUGCUUUUCAUUAGUUCCUGAAGAGAGAUUCUGAAAAGAUUCAGAAAAUACUCAAUCACUGACAGACAACAGUCUGAUAUCAAAACACCUCCUGUCCUUUUUGUAUAGAAAGGAGGCCUUUACUUAAUAUUUUGUAUUUAUAUAUGGUAUAUCUAUGAAACCCCAGACCUACUUUCCAAAUUUAACUAAGAGGGACAGCAUAGUUUUGUGACUCACACUUUAUUUGUGGUGACAGUCCACUUAGUAUUUUGUGUUAACCCUUUAAGUGCUCUAAUCCACUGUAUCUUAUUUAAAUUGAAUGCUUAUUUUCCCCCCAGCUACUCAGCAUUUAAAGGGUUAAGGCAUUAUGAACUUCUAAAGGCAAAAAAUAAUAAUAAUUAUAAUAAUAAUAAUGAUAAUAAAUACAGGGGUUACCAGAAGGGAAUUUCACUAAUUGUGCUUUGACAGGAAUACUUGAAUGUUGGUUUUACAAAGUGAUGUAAAAUGACAAGUUGUACUAUUUGUCCAUAAGGAGGUGGCAGCUCUUAUCUUUCUAGACUAUCAUAGCUGAGCUGCUACUUUUCAAUUUUGCUUUUGAUAGUUUUGUGUAAAUAUAUACAUAUAUGGGUAAAAAGCUGCUUUCAGCAGCUCUAGGCUUACUUUUGCAGCAUUUUUGUGGAAUUGUUUGCAACGUGGUAAAAGUGCAAUAAAGAUAUGCAAAAUGUGUAGC